AUCUACAGUCAGCCUUUAUUCAGUGAGAAAUAGAUACUGACUGGUAUCCAGUUCUACUACUUUUAUUUAAAACAUAGCUUUGCUGAUUUGAAUAAAAUGUUCUUCCUGUGCUGCUGUAGGCUGCAGCUGCCUGAUAGUUACUGUUUCCUUGGUUUGUCUCUGAAGAACAACAUGGGAGCUGGCUCACGAUUCCAGUUUGGUGAGAUGUUUUAAAUCUCCGUCACGCCUUUUCCUUCCCAUCAGCUCCGCCGCCAGUCGGCUGAAACCCGACCGGACGAUGACGGAGAUGAAGUGUGUCGUGUUUUGGGGCGUCGUGACGUUUUUCUGGACCCUCUGUGGAGGAGACAGAGACGUCUCCUGUGUGUUCAGUCAGGUCUGCAUCCUGCCAUGCAGCUUCCAGCCGGCCGACGGACCGGCGGUCCACUGGACUCAGCUGGCAGCAGCAGAACCUGCGGUUCAUUCUUACUAUGACGGCAGAGACAGGGUCCAACACCAGAACCAGAACUUCAGAGGCCGGACGUCUCUGUUUGUGGACUGGGUCUCCUCAGGAAACGCCUCUCUGCUGCUGACCGGAGUGAAGGUCCAGGAUCAGGGCAGAUAUGUUUGCAACUGCAGCAGCUCAGCAGGAACCAGGCUGGCAUUCAUCAGAGUCUCAGUGGACGCUCCGGUGAAGACGGUCAACCUCCGACAAGCAGAGAACCGGCUCAUCUGCAGCUCGGACGGGAUCUACCCCGAACCGAACCUCACCUGGUCCACCGAGCCGCCGUCCGAACUGGUCCUGCAGAGCUCGACUCUGGUGCAGCUGACCGAGCAGCAGCUGUUCAACAUCAGCAGCUCCCUGAAGGUUCCGGACAACGACACCGACCUGACCUACGUCUGCACCGUCAGAACCCGCAGGAACCACGAGGCCAACAGGCUGGAGAACCCGGAAGCAGCAGGUCGAGUUCAGGGGAUGGGGAUAGUUGCUGGAGUCAUUUUGGUGUCGGUGUCAACGAUCGCGGUUCCGGUCUUUGUUGAAAAAUGUAUGAAGUCCAGGAAGUCCAAACGAUCCCGGCAGCAGAACAUAGAAGACGAAGAACAAGCAGCAAAUGGACUAAUCAGCAGUCAGCUAGAAGAAGAACGACCAGAGAAUGGACCAAUCAGCAGUCAGCUAGAAGAACAACCACAGAAUGGACCAAUCAGCAGUCAGCUAGAAGAAGAACAAGCAGAGAAUGGACCAAUCAGCAGUCAGCUAAAAGAACAGGCAGAGAAUGGACCAAUCAGCAGUCAGCUAAAAGAACAAGCAGCGAAUGGACCAAUCAGCAGUCAGCUAAAAGAACAAGCAGAUAAUGGACCAAUCAGCAGUCAGCUAAAAGAACAAGCAGAGAAUGGACCAAUCAGCAGUCAGCUAGAAGAACAACCAGAGAAUGGACCAAUCAGCAAUCAGCUAGAAGAAGAACGACCAGAGAAUGGACCAAUCAGCAGUCAGCUAGAAGAACGAUCACAGAAUGGACCAAUCAGCAGUCACCUAGAAGAACGAUCACAGAAUGGACCAAUCAGCAGUCAGCUAGAAGAACAACCACAGAAUGGACCAAUCAGCAGUCAGCUAGAAGAAGAACAACCAGAGAAUGGACCAAUCAGCAGUCAGCUAGAAGAAGAACAACCACAGAAUGGACCAAUCAGCAGUCAGCUAGAAGAAGAACAACCACAGAAUGGACCAAUCAGCAGUCAGCUAGAAGAAGAACAACCAGAGAAUGGACCAAUCAGCAGUCAGCUAGAAGAACAACCACAGAAUGGACCAAUCAGCAGUCAGCUAGAAGAACAAGCACAGAAUGGACUAAUCAGCAGUCAGCUAGAAGAACAAGCACAGAAUGGACUAAUCAGCAGUCAGCUAGAAGAAGAACAAGUAGAGAAUGGACCAAUCAGCAGUCAGCGUCAUAAUCCCAGCAGGGAGGGCAGGCAGCAUGAACUGGGACCAGUCACUGGGACCAGUUGGACCAUGGGCAGCAUCAGGAGCUUCAUGGUUCUGCUGGUUCUGAGCUUCCAGUGGAUUUCUUCAAAAAGAGUCACCCGGGUGACGUGUGUUUUCAGCCAGAGCUGCGUUUUGCCCUGCAGCGUCUCCAGCGGCUCUGACGUCAUCAUCAACUGGAGCCGCCUGACACCCGCAGACGGCACCGCUCACUGUUACUAUGACAACCAGGACCAGCUGGGUCACCAGAGCCAGAACUUCAGAGGCAGAACCUCUCUGUUCACGGAUCAGGUCUCCAGAGGAAACGCCUCCCUGCUGCUGACGGGGGUCAAAGUUCAGGACGAAGGAACCUACAGGUGCAACACCAGCAACACCAGUGGAAAUAAACUGGUUUUUAUUCACCUGAGAGUUGAAGCUCCAGUCUCUGACAUCAGAAUCCAUCAGGAUGGAAACAGGAUCACCUGCAGCUCAGAGGGGAUCUACCCUCCACCUGAACUCACCUGGUCCACUGAGCCUCCAUCCAACACGACUCUGCAGAACAGAACCACAGUCCAUCAGACUGAGGAGAAGCUUUAUGACAUCAGCAGCUCUCUGACGGUUCCAGACGGUUCUGAUCGGAUCUACAGCUGCACCAUCAGAACCAGGAGGAACCAGAGGAGAGCAACGCUUCAGAAACUGAGAAAUUCCCAGGUUGCUGAUCAGAACUGGCAGAUUAUACUGAAUAUCCUGAUGGCUGUGACUGGAUUAUCACCUGUAAUCUGCACAGUGAUGGCAGAAAUUAUGAGUCGUCGUUGGAAGAAUAAAGCAAACUAAUGGAGAAUCAGAGAAUCUUCAGGACAAACCAGUUCAGGUUCCCAAUGUCCCAGUCCAGACCAGCAGGAUGGUGGAGUUUAUGUACUUUAACUAUUUAAUGUCAAAUAAAAAAACAGACAAACAAAAAAA